AUGACGAAUUCCGAUGCCAUAGACGAUCAAAAAAUUAUUGACGAAGAUGAAGAAAGCCACAAGUUGUGUGUACGUAGAAACAAUGUUAAGAAUCUUGGCAAGCAGCUUGAUGAAUUUUACAAUAGCAUUGCGCCUACAAGUGCAGAGAUUAAAUGUAGGAGAUACGUGUUGAAGUGCUUAGCAAGUGCCAUAGAGUCAGGCAUUCCAAACACGAAGGUCGUACCUUUUGGCAGUUUUAGCACUGAGCUUAUUAUCCGCUCAAGCGAUAUAGACAUUGGAGUGUUGCUUCUUGAUCCGCAGAUGGAGAUGGAGCCUCCAAACAAUUAUUUGGUGAAAAUCAAGAGUAUUCUAUCGAAUCAUAAAAUUGUUGAGAAGAGAUCUAUUUUUCACAUUUGGAGCUCAAGGGUGCCAAUAAUCAAGUUUCGAGAUAGUAUUUUUGGAUUUAAGGUAGAUAUUUCGAUGAAUCAAUCAAAAGGCGUAAAGGCAGCUAGGUUUAUGAACGAUAUUCUGCAAAUGUAUCCGCAAAUGAAGAUGUUUACGAUUAUGCUGAAGUACUUCUUGGCACAAAGAAACCUUUCAGAUGCAUCUACAGGAGGACUGAAUAGCUACUCACAGUUUCUACUAGUCAUGAAUUUUUUUGUGAUGAAGAUGGAUGAGAGUGGGAAAGUAGUUUUUGAUGAUAUUGGUAUGCUAUUUCUUGAGUUUUUUGAGUUCUAUGGAUACAAAUUUGUUAAUUUGCCUCCUCAAAGCGACUCACUGCCAUUAUUGAGAAUAUUCGUCAAGUACGAGUCGAUUCUUUCAAUUGAGGAUCCCACUGAUCCAGGAUGCGAUGUGGCUAUGGCAUGCAAAAAAUAUGUUCAGAUAAAAAGCGCGUUUAAGCGUGCAUUUGUUUUCAUGAGCAUUGCCAUCGAAAAGGAAGACCAUUCAAAAGAUAUUUUGUCAAUAUGGUUCAAUAAAGACAAAAAAGAGGCAUACGAGCGAGAAAGGAUCGACCUAUUGCACUCUGAGAUUUUUAGAUGUAGGCAAUAG